GAAAGGUAAUGAGUGUUCGUCUCUCACAGUUCGAUCCAAAAUUACUUGACUUUGUGACGUGGGUAAUUGUAAAAGGUUGCCGUUUAUUUCAACGUAUUCAUAUCACACCAAAUGGCCUUUUAGCUACCGAACGAAUUCCAGAGAAUGAUUUUGUUGCUAUUGUACCUGUAGGGUCCACAUUAAGCAUCUUUGAUGUGGUCGAGGAUAUCGUCUUUCCACUUAAGGUUUCUCCCUUUAAUUACAGUAACGCGAUACACUUUUUCCAGGACCUAACACGUGGAGAUUUUGUCUUUAUUUCAUUUUUGACUAAGAUUUUGGUCACAGGGAGUCCACGUGGGAUGAAAAUGUAUUUAGAUAUUCUUCCAUGCAAUCAGAAAACAUCUAUUGAUGCUGCGGUUAAUGCCGCGCAGACCACAGAAGGCUAUCAGGAGUCCAUUCGUGCUCUGUUAACACAAUGCAAGGCGAGUAGAAGUGAUUUUGAUGCUGCUUUUAAACAUGCAUAUUGCCUGUAUAGAAGGCACGCCAUUCCUUUUUGGGUUUCACAUGGGACGUGGGGAACAGGUCAUCCAUAUUUUCAGAAUUCUGACUUUACACAGGCAGGAACAGGGAACAUCAUGGGAAUGGUCCCAGUCUUGGACUUGGCUUUGCAUUCACCUACACCAAAUGCCUCCAUCGGUUAUCCAGAUCAGGAAAUGCUUUUGUUGAUAUCGCAGCAUAAAAAAAUGAGGGCUAAUCCUAAAGAUAAUUAUUUCAUUAUGCAAGCGUUGCGUGAUAUAGAGAAAGGUGAAAUGAUAACAACCGACAAAAAUGUGCACUUCAACUUUGACGAUGAUACUUUCAAGAAAAGGUUUGGCUUUUCAAAUGCAUCGCAAGUCUCGGCAGAAUCCAAUGUAAUCCACCAAAAGAUUACUUCUGAUUGGAUGGAGGCCAAUGAAUUCAAAAACAUAGGGGUUUAGUGAAUUUCAAGUGUGAGACUGUGCACCUGCCCAUAAUCAUGGACAAGUUCAUAGUUGCUAACGCUAUCUACGCCAUUAACAGGAGCAAGGUGUCAAAAACUUCAGCUGGUAUUUUUCCAUUUGUGCUU